UCCACGCCACACGCAGGCAGAGAAUCCGCAUGCUUAACACGCCACCACGAUAAGACGACACUUUUGUAAGACCUACGAACUUCACUUCCUCACUCAAAGCCUUCUCUCUCUUCCCGAAAGCUCCACCAACAACAAUGGCUACCCAAUAGAAAAUUCGCAGACAAGCAAUUAUUAGAGUUUCAAGAAUGGAGUCCGAACUCAAAGACCUAACCCCCAAAUCCAGCGAACCAUUCCCAUCCGAUGAUGAUGGUUCAACCAAAGGCGACCGUCCUCUUCUCAAACCCGACUCAACCACCGCCGCCGCCACCGCCGCCAAUUCGAAUACAAUCUCUCAACCAAACCUCGAAGAGCUCGAGAAGAAAUAUGCGGCGUACGUUAGAAACGACGUGUACGGUGUUAUGGGUCGUGGUGAGCUGCCAUGGAUGGAGAAGGUGUUACUAGGUAUGGCGCUCGUUACAAUCGUGCCACUCCGUGUAAUGGCGGCGACGACUAUAUUGGUUGCGUAUUACUUGGUUUGUAAAGUGUGCACCGUGUGUUUGGUCCCGAAUCGAGAGGAUGAACAAGAAGAUUAUGCGCAUAUGGGUGGGUGGAGGAGAGAAGUGAUUGUUCAGGUUGGGAGGUUUCUUUCUAGGGCUAUGCUUUUCGUUCUAGGGUUUUAUUGGAUUGAUGAGAGCUAUCGGAAUCCAUUCGUAGACGAAAAAUCGAAUGCUGAGACUGAGUGCAAGGAUCAAUCUGAAGAACCUGAAAGACCUGGGGCAAUCGUAUCAAAUCAUGUAUCUUAUUUGGAUAUUUUGUACCACAUGUCGUCCUCUUUUCCAAGCUUUGUGGCGAAGAGAUCAGUCGCCAAACUUCCUCUUGUUGGUCUCAUCAGCAAGUGCCUUGGGUGUGUUUAUGUCCAACGGGAGUCGAAAUCAUCUGACUUCAAGGGUGUUUCAGGUGUUGUGAAUGAAAGAGUUCAGGAGGCUCAUCAGAAUAAGCUUGCCCCAAUGAUGAUGCUUUUUCCAGAAGGCACAACUACAAAUGGGGACUUCCUCCUUCCAUUUAAGACUGGUGCUUUUUUGUCGAAAACUCCUGUGCUUCCUGUGAUUUUAAGAUAUCCAUACCAGAGAUUUAGUCCGGCAUGGGAUUCCAUAUCUGGGGUGCGCCAUGUUAUUUUUCUUCUUUGUCAAUUUGUAAAUCACAUUGAGGUGAAAAGGUUACCUGUUUACUAUCCUUCACAACAAGAAAAAGAUGAUCCACGUCUUUAUGCUGACAAUGUCCGAAGGUUAAUGGCUCGCGAGGGUAAUUUGACACUUUCAAAUAUUGGCUUGGCAGAGAAACGAGUGUAUCACGCUGCCCUCAAUGGUAAUAAUAGUCUGUCUUCUGAUUUGCAUCAGAAAGACGAUUGAUAAUUUCACAUCCUGGCUCAAAAGCUAGCCAGUUCCACCUGGGAUUUUAGUUUUCAUAACAUAGAGGAAGAGAGGGGUGGUCAUCUCUACCCACUAAAAUACGAAAAUACUGAUGUGUUAUCAUACUUCUGUAAUUUUCUUACUCACAGAAUGAUGAUCUGGGUAUAGGGGAAAAAUAUAUGUAUCUAUUAAUCUGAAGCAGCUCUUUCGUGUCCCUGCAGGUUUGUUUGUCCAACAAUAAUUGGGAUUCGCCUUCUGUAUAUUCAUUGUACGAUUUUUGUUGUUUCACAACGAAAAAAUGACAAAUAAAAUCAAGUUCAGAACGAGCAUUCUUAUAUUCAUUUGAAAUGUACAUGUGAAUAUUACCUUGCUGUAGAGCUUUGGUUGCUCUUUCAAUGGUAAAUAGUUCUCUUGAGUUCGCUUCAUUUUGCAGUUGGCUAGCACAGUGACAGGAAAGAUGAUAAAUUGUUUAAGAGCUGGUUUGGGUGACCCGGUAGCCAUUGCUGCUUAUGUCAAUGUG